AUGCCUAAGCCAAGGCAGGGAAUCCUCGCCCCAUUGACUGGCAGUCUGCAAAAGCAGACGGGGGAGACUGACCCUUCAACUAUCGAGUUUGGCAAUGGUAAAGUCAGCAGUAUACUAGAUGAUUUUGCAGAGCCGUUCCACGUCCCCCUACAUUGA